AUGACAGACGUUUCAUCUGGCAUCCGCACCAUACUCUACUUCAAUCCAAUCAGAUUCAUCGCAGGCUACGACUCUAUCAAUAACAUCGUCUACGCACCAGUUCGCCUGGAACUACUGGCACAUCAGAUCUCCUUAUCGAGGACUUUGGAAGGUCGAUUGAGUGGACGCUAUGUUACAUUUGGAAAUCUUAUGACUGGUUUGGCCUAUGGCGCAUACGAUCAGUACUCUCAGACCUACUAUAUGGUCAUCAACUCGGAUUACGAAAUGCCUGGCUUCACACUUGCCAAGUACUCUAUCGUUCACAACAACUUCACAAUGCAUAAUCUCACGUUCGACUUCCCUCUCCCGUCUGUCAAGGAAGUGUUUGUCUACAAUUCCACUGUCUAUGUUGGUGUCCAUUCGGUAUCCGAUAGCUACUAUGGCCCUAUUUCAUUUGGCGUGGCCAACCUCGACACCAACGAGGUAAAGGUCAUCUUCUAUGUUGACAAUGCCUUCACCUAUCAGGGAAAUAUGUGCACGUUCACUCUCGAUCACAACACUGGAUACCUGCUUGUACUGACCACCUUCCAAGUACUAGUGGAUUUCACCGAGUACUUUAUCAACCUUGAGACCUACGAGGUAACAACACAUGUAAUCACGUGGCCAGCGGACAAAUACACUCCGUGGAUGUGCUUUGCUUCAUUAUUUAAGCAGAACAGAACAAAGGUAUCGGAAGUAGUUCUUUAUCCAUUCUGUUUCCACUUAAACUAUGAAGAUAGAAUGAUCUGGCUACCCAAGAGAAGGACACCUUCCUCAAGAGCUCGUGGGUCUAUCAACAUCUUCAUCAAGAUCAAGGAUAAGCGACUGUGUGCGCUUGAGACCACCCAUUCCUGCUCAACCACCACUACCUGUUUCACAAGCACACCAUCCUUGUCCAAGGAUUGA